AUGGACAACCAAGCGAAAAAAAUUGUAACCAAAUCGUCUACAUUGGAGAGAAGAACACAACAACUGGCGAUCAAGGAGCGUAAGAAUGGAUUAAUCGCAGAUGAUGGCAGUCUCCAAGGAGAUACUCAAAGAACAGACGAGUGCCGUCCGGAAAUCAGAGCUGGCGACAAGGAUCGGACUGAAGAAGUCUCGACGCCAAAUGUCACGCCCGCACUGAGUAACCGAAUUGAGAAGUUUGUAUCCUACGCCGAAUUGGAGAUGGGAUUCUCCAGAUGGUAA